UAAAGUAAUUGAAAGUAUUCCCAAACCAAAGGGUGCUAUUCCUAAUUUUGGACUACCAAAAUGGAAGGUAAUGCCUUUAGAAUCUAAGAUUCCAAUGGUACCUGGACCAGAAGGUGCCUAUAACUUUACACGACGUAAAAUAGGGAAAAAAUUGUGGACCAGUUCAUCGGAUGCAGAGUUUAAUUUAAAUGAUCCAUAUUGUUAUGAAAUCAAAUUCACAUACGAUGCAUUGCACGAUGAACAUUUGGUACCAUUUUUUUCAAAAACGAAUAAUAUUCAGCAUUUAUUGAAAGCUGGAUUAAUUACACGUAAUUUGGAAGGAAAAUGUUCUUUAAAGGAUUAUAACAUGUACAGAAAAUAUUUAAGAAAUUUACACACUGAUAGUAUUAAACGUGAAUUAAGAAAAAGAACGUGCAUUGCUCAUGAAAAACGAGAAUUAGAAUAUGCUGAAGAACAAGCACAAAAUGAAGUGAAUAAAUUAAAGAGAAGAGAAAGACUAAUAGAGGCACGUAAGAAAAUAUGGACAGCACAUAAAUUGGAAGAGGAAGCAAAAAUUAGAGCGCAAAGAGAAAAAGCGAAAAAAUUAAUUAAAAGAAUGAAAUUAUUACAAAUAACAAAACGUCAAGAUCAAAUGAUGCGUGCUGCAAGAGCAAAGGCUCGUUCAGACAAUAUAAAACAAAAACAAAAGUUAGCGACUGAAAUUCAAGAGCAAAAAAAAAUUCAUACGUUUGUAGAUUGGCGUAAGAAAGAACAUAUGCGUAAGAAAGCUAGAGAAGCGAGAUUGAAACAUGAUCAAGAGCAAAAGACUAUGGCCAUUGAAGAGAAAUGGAAACUAAGACAUGAAUUGCAAAGAAAAGAAAUUGAAAAAGAACAGUUUCUAUUCGAUUAUAUGAAUACUCAACGCGCAAAAUUUAUAAAGAAGUAUAAUGAAAAGAUAGGAAAGGAGAGAGGACGAAUGGAUAAACUUUUACAAAAAAUGAAAAUGUUUGUACAAUGUUAUAUGGCCCGGCGUUUACCAAGAGGAAGAGAAAGAAUUUGUUGUACGUUGUACAAUGACAAACAGAAGUCAGUAAAUGAAACUAGGAAAUUGUCACACACAUUUGAAACUCGCUUGACUCUUUCAAAAGACAAACAAGCACAGGUAAGUUUGAAUUAAUUUGAUACCAAAGUUUAUAAUUAUGUAGAUUUAUCAUAAAAAACGUAUAAGCAAAUGUAUUAAUGCUUAACUCUCAGUUUCUUUUUAAUCAUUAAG